AUGAAUACUCUUGCUAACCGCGCCACGACUCACAGGAUCGGCUGGGGAGUGCUCUGCGUCGCCGGCGGAGGCGCCUACUACUUUGCAAAGAAAUCCAUCAAUGCUGACCGAGCUGCCCGAUUCGAGGCAGAACAGCAGAAAAAGGCUCGUUUUCAACGCCUAGAAGAUUCGCACAUUGCUUUCAACAAACAACCUCCUACCUCAAAGACCAAGACCAAACCAAAAGAGCAGGCUGGCCUUUCGAAUGGGUCUCAAAACACCAAAGGACUGGAUCAUGCAGGUAGUCCGAGCAGCGAAAUAAGUGAAGAUGCGGCACCUGUGGGACACGCGCCGGUCGAUGGAGAGCAAAGAGUACGAGAGAAGAGCAAAUACGAAGCUGCGGAGCCGUACCGAAGCAAGAAAGGAGAUAGAUUGAGUUAA